AUAAAGACAUCAUCUACAUCUGUCCAUUCAGUGGAGCUGUGAAAGGCAAAGUGUUGAUCACCAACUACAGACUCUACUUCAAGAGCUCAGACGCUGACGUGGCUGUGAUGCUAGAUGUUCCUCUGGGCACCAUCAGUCGGGUGGAGAAGAUGGGUGGGGCGUCGAGCAGAGGAGAAAACUCCUAUGGCUUGGAUAUCACCUGCAAGGACAUGAGGAACUUGAGGUUUGCCUUGAAGCAGGAGGGUCACAGUAGAAGAGAUAUCUUCGAUCUCCUUUUCAAACACGCCUUUCCCCUCUCACAUGGUCUGCCUCUGUUUGCCUAUCUGACUCAGGAGAAGUAUGAGGAGAAUGGCUGGAACGUCUACAAGCCCAUGGAGGAGUUCAGACGGCAGGGCUUACCAAAUAACAAGUGGCGUGUUACAUUCAUCAAUAAGAACUACGAACUGUGUGACACCUACCCUACUGUAUUGGCUGUGCCCUUUAAAAGUAAAGAGGAGGACCUUAGAAGAGUGGCUGCCUUCAGGUCAAGAGCACGCAUACCG